UGCGCUCCGGUGCGUCAAAAGUGAGCACGUUUCCUGUUCUGGAAGGGAUGCGCGGGUAGCUGAGUGGAGGUGAGAUUUGCCGACUGAGAAGCGCAAGCAGUGAGGCACGCAUAGGCCCCUUUAGCCUUCGGAGAUGUCCUCCAGCCUUUCCAACUACGCCUUGAGGAUGGCCCGCCUGAGCGCACGGAUAUUCGGAGAAGUCGCUCGGCCGACCGACACAAAGUCCAUGAAGGUCGUGCAGCUGCUCAGCGACUUGCCCAUGGCCAAGCGGAAAGAGGUCUACGACUGGUAUCCUCCCCACCGUACCUACGCCAACCUGAUGAGGAAACUACGCUUCUACGGCCUCUACAGAGAUGAGCAUGAGGAUUUCUCGGAAGAGAUGAAAAGACUGCGGAAGCUACGUGGGAAAGGACCACCGAAGAAAGGAGAAGGAAAGAGAGCGAUGAAGAGAAAAUAGCACCAUCCCUGUAUUUAAUAAAAUGUUUUU